AGUUCUUUCUCGACUUGAUUUCACUCUAGAGCUGCCACACUCUCGUUUAUCUUUUCAGCUUAAGUGAACAAAAAAUCACCUUUUUCUAAGCCCUCAAUCGUAUUCCUCUGCUAAACAAGUUUAGGAGCAAAAACAAGUUUAGAAAAAGAAAUUUUGAAAGUUCGAAAUUUAAAACAAACUAAUUUUUUUUUAGAAAAUGUGCUAUACAGGUACCCUCAGAGGUCGACAGUCCUCAGGGAAAAAGUCUAACCCGUUGGGGCCAGGUUAUUUUAUUCUUCGAAACUUGUUGUUUUUUUAAUUCAGGUGUGCCAACAACAAAUAAAGAUCCCUCAAGGACUGUUUCAAGAUUUCCUCUUUUUUUUCCUAUAUGGCAAUCAAUUGGUCUGUUAUUUUGGUACAUUCCAACCAAAGGCAAACCGAGGGAAGUACCUCUCAUGGCCAGAGGGUCUCUAGGAGGAGCUAAAGGGUAUUUUUUUGUUCCACAACAACAAGGAAGAAGCGUGAGGCCAGGUGAUGAUCGGGUAUAAAUUCAGAUGAUGUCGGGCAAGAGUCGGCUUAGUCUACACCCGUCGAGAGACAAAGAUUUCCACCCUAGCUAGCAUGAGACCUGUGUAAAGGAAAUCGAGGUCGAGACUGGAUCUACCAGCCUUCGUAUAGAGAGAAAACUUUCACUUGUGUAUCUCGCAUAGCCCGUGGCCCGGCCAGCACUCGCUUUACAUUACCGUUUCAGCUCUCGAACCCUACGUUUGCUGCUGUCGUGGUGUGUUUUUCCUUCGCAUACACACACACAAAAGUGUCGUUGCUUGUCAGUCAGUGAUCGACGACUGUGUGUCAAUCGAUUCCCACUUAUAGGCGUGGGAACGUCGUUUCAGCCCUGUCAUCCUGUGCGGAUUUUUUCGAAUCCGGCCGAAUUAAAAACAAGAAUCAAAGUGUGAAUGCAGAUCAUGUAGUGCGUGUCGUCGUCGGCGCAGUGUAAUGUGAUCCGAAUUUGAAAUGGCAUCGAAAGUUCUGCGUUGCUUCUUGUUAAUUUUCUUCAUUUUCGCCUAUUGCCAUUCGGUUACUUGGUAUCAACAAGUUUUCGCCAGCAAACAACAAUCACCCAUCGUUUGCAAUCGCCCUGAUUUUCUUGACAAUGUGUAUCCAUCUCGAGCGAAUGACACGAAAUCCUUUUUAGUUCACACACUCCAAACCAACUACAGUGGAUCCUGUUUAGAAAAGACGAGCGCCUAUCCAGAUGCUUUUGGGUGCGAUGCUUUGCCAACGAAAGAAGAUUUUUUAGCUUCGUCACCCUCCGAAAUCAAGGCCCAAGUGAUAUUAAAAAGCGACUUACUAAAAUUCAGCUCAAUGGUCAUAAACGCCUUGACAAUCCUGGACAUUGUACUCAGCCGGCGCACUAAACCUUGGAGAUUUCUACUGCGCGUUUUAUACCGCGUAGGCCGGUCGAACCUUAAAUGGGGAUUAAUUUGGGCGGCUUUUCAGCUUUGUUCCCAUUUUGAAGGUGACAGGGUGACAGACAUCAUUGAAAUUGACAUUGAGAAGUUGCCAUUUGCCACAGCCGUCAGUCAGAUGCAACAGAUAUGGAUCGCCCUUCAGUCCUACCCGAUGUUGUUGGCAUUGACCUUUUUCAUUUACAACCUUGCCGUGAGCUGGAUCGUCCAUCUACUGAAACGCCGGAAUGAUAACCACAACGUCAUGACCGCCAACGAGACUGAUGUUCGUCAAGUGACCACUAACGUUACCAAUGGCGCCACAAAUGUCCGACGACGAAUACUUUCUCGAUGGUCGCUACUGAUCGACUGUCUUUUUCGACCCCUGUCCUUCGACACGGCUCACAGUUUAAUGGAUUUUGAACUUGACGAAAAUGUUGAACAAUUAAUUGAACGCCUUGCAUUGCCUAAUUUGUGGCUGACACCGACCGUGCCAACGGAUUACCUGAAAUACCUCCCUGUUUGGCGUUUUGAAGGCUGCAUUGCUGGAGAGUCUCCUCGGCUGGAUUAUUCAUCUGCCCAGUCUUACGCCGAUGCAGCAGCAGAUCAUUGUCAUUCCGUUGCAAAUAGACUGUGGAAUGAUGACCAACCCCCGUCGACCAUGAAGUGGAUUCCGUGUGCGGAUUGCGCCAUUUGCUUGGACAAAUACCGCGUCACUGUUGACGUGUGCGGUCUACCGUGCGGUCACCAAUUUCAUCAUAAUUGUAUUAUGGUCUGGCUGCAGCGAGACAAUCAUCAUUGUCCGAUUUGCAGAUGGCCGGCUUAUCAAAACAAAUACCUUUCUAUUUAAUGUGAUCUCAUUGUGUGUGUGUUUAAAUUUCCAUCUUCAUUCUAACUUUAACGGUUCGGAUUUCUAUUUUGACUUAGUUGUGUGUCUUUUCGGAUAUUUUAACAUAACCAAAACGAUCAUUUAGUUCAGACAUUACGGAGGUCUUAUUUUAAUUACUUAUUGAUUUCUUCAAUUCAUCGAUGUCAAAAUAUUUAUCAAAGUCAAAUGCCACCGCAAGAGAUUCUUGAGAAGCGAUUUUUUUUUUCGGGCAGGUACUUCUGUCUGUGAUAAUGAGCACUGGACGAAUAAAAUUUUAAGUAUUGCGUAACAACUUUUGAAUUUUUUGACUUCAUGAGCAAUUGGUUUGCUUCUGCUUAAGUCAGAAUCCGAGAUACAUUCUCACAUUCUUUCUAAUAAUUUUAUCUAUGUAUAAAGCGAAGAUCUGUGACUGUAAUUGAUUCUUUUUUUAAAUAAACGAACCUUUUUAUCAUGCA